CGGAGGUAUAUCUAUGAAUCGAGUGCUAUUUAUGUGUGUUAUUAUUAUUCACUGUUAUUUUUGGUGAUACGUAUCACUUCACUUGUCAUUCACAAUCUUUUGAAUGUUCGAUAUAAAUGUAUAUGUGUUUUAUAAUUGGAAAUCGAAAUGGGUGAAAAAAAUCUAAAUUCACGUUUAAAUAGAACUAACGAUUUAGUGACAAACAAAAAUUGCGCUGCACCAGUGAGGUUAUGGAAAAGAUUACAAAUAAAUGAACAGAAUUUCAGUUUAGUGCUGUUUAUAGUAUCAUUGUCUAUUGUCUUGGGAAAGAUAUAUAUAAAUUAUGGUAGUAUUUUACAGCUGCAAAAUAACGUUAAAUAUGUAGCAUCAUCAACGUCUAUAUUUUCAAACAUAUUCAAUGUAUUUGAUUUAUCACGUAUAUCUGAUAUAUCAGAGUUCAAAGUAAAACAGUUAACAACUAUAAGUGACAAAUUUGUCAGUGGUAGUCAAUACGAUGAUGUUGUGAAUGUAAUGACAUCAUUUUUUAAAACAUAUGGAUGGCUAAUAAAAGCAGCAGUAUGUGGUCUUAUUAUGAUGGGUUUUACUUGGUUUAUAAUUUACAAAGAUAGCAGUAUUCCUGGAAUCAAUCCACCUUCCCCUUUUAGUCCCUCUAAACAAAGAUUUUCAAAGGUAUCAGGAGUACAAAUAAAUUAUUUGAUUGGAAUAUUAAAUGGAAUACUAAUUUUUGUCUACAUGUGUCUUUAAUACGUUAGAAGUAUCAUAAUAAUAUGGUAGUGUUUACUUACUUUAAACAGGAUUGUAUAACAUUCUACAGUGAUCAUAUUUAUUAUUAUUUAUAUUGACUAAUAUUAUUAAUUUAAUUAGUAGUAGUAAGUAAUUUAUGUUGUGUGAUGAUAUCAAAAAUAAUAUUUUCAACUAAUGAUAUCAAAAUACGAAAAUGUGAAUCUUAUAGUUAUGUAGUUUAAAACAAUGAUAUAACUGGCUUGUUUAAAGAUAUGUAUAUUUAACAAAUCAUAAAUUCUUAUUUUCUAAUUUUCUAAACAGAAAAGAUGUUAUAUAAAAGUACAACAUAUAUAAAUAUAAUUUAUGGAAUGAUAUGCAAUAUUUUAUAUAUAAAGUUAUGGAAAGUACAAAAUGCAUGUAUUAUCUCAGAUCAAUCAUUAUUUAUGUUAUUUUCUCUAUUUAAGACUGAUUAAAUAUUUAUCCUUAUUUAUUGAUAAAUUAAAGCUAAGUUAGGAAAACCAACAUAAAGUAUUAGAUGUAGUACCUUUUAGUCUUAUGUGCUAUAUAUACCUAUACAUGUACAAUACAUCAUUAUGUCACUAUACAAUUGAAUAUUGUUGAAAUUGUUUGAAAGAUGUUAAUAAAGGUAGUAACAUUAAAACAACUAUUAAUUUUAAAUUAAAUUUCAAAUGUUUCUGUUAAUUGCACAUAUUCCUAAUUUCAUUGAGAGAUAUUGAAAAAAAUUAAAAAAGUAAAUUAUACUUAAUAUGCAUGUUUUGGUUAUACGUUAAACUAUUAACAUCUUUGCAACAACAAAUUUUAAUAAAUCAAUAAAAACUAGUUACGUAUUAUCUGGGUAUUACGAAUCAUCUAUUCCACUUAAUACUAUAUGCCUAGGUGGAAUAGUGAUUACAAGUAGAAUCUAUUAUAUUUGUCUAUUAUAGAAGUUUGUUGAACAUAAUGGAAAUUAUUUUGAAGAAUAAAAUUAUUUAAUUAAAAACAAGCAUUAUUUCACUAUACGCUGCCAAAAAGAUAAAAAAUUUCAGAUUCGAUCUGAUACUUCAUAAUUUCAAAAAUCAGUGGCAGUUUUGCUAAUAGUCUAAUAAACUUUUGAAUUGCAUAAAACUAUAAUUAUGAUAACAGCCAAUUAACUCAUAUCAUUUGAUAUUACCCCAUCAAAUAUUACGAUUCAAUUAGUAAUAACUGUUAGUAACUUUAUCAACUUCCGCGGUUAAUUUGAAUAUACAUAUAUAUAAAUUACACUUAGCAUUACAUUAAAUUACACAAAACCUCCGUUUCUCUGAACUUUGAUCUGAACAACCGGUAUUUUAGAACAUAUAACACGAGUUUCCGUAAGAUGUCAGGGCAAGUCUAUACCUUGUAAUAAUAAAAUAUGAAUACAUACAUACGCAUAUGUGAGUAGUUAAUAAGGUAAUUGUUUAGAGCAUAGACGAGAUAUAAGAAUCAGCUCUAAAUUGCGAAAAUCAACAUGCGCAAUUUGUCUAAAACAAAAAAACAAACAUUUUUCGAUAUAUUAAAAAGAUUUAUUCCGUGAUACUAGGUUGCUAUUGUUAUCUUUGAACUAAUGUAAAAAGAUUAUCAUAUGUGACACAAGAAAUACAUUAUGUUUUAAAUUUUA